AUAAUCAGAGUAUAUAUGACCCACAAAGUUUGACAAACAUAUAGAUACUUACUGUCCAAAUACUUUUUGGGGAUCACUGUACAGUCGGUUAAAACAAGUGCAACACGUUUAAAUACUUAAAAUAGCAUUGCAAGUUUUAAGGAUCAAUAGGAAUCUGUUAUGUAAUUAAAUAUCCCUAUUCAGCAGUUGAGCCACAUUCAGAAUCACAAACUAAAAUUUAAACCACAACUACUGAUAAACCUCCACAAAUACUGAACUUUGGCGCCCUCGUGUGGAGAACAUGAGUACUACCACACCCCCGUCUUCAUAGUUAAUCUUAUUAAGUCAUGAUUUACUGGCAGUCAAAAGGAAUAAAAACAGUUUUGAAUGGUGAUUCGUUGCCAUAAAAGCGGCGGCGCUCAUAAUACAUUGUACAUAUUACUUCUAUUCUAGGUAGAAUUUAACAGUAUAUAAAAUUGUAUUCCCCAAAGCUACAUCUAAUACAGAUUCUGUUAAAAGCAUUUAUAUGGAUAUAGACAACCACCAGAAGAAGAAGAAGAAGAAAAAAAAAUAAUAAUCCAAAUAUUAUACAAAAUCGUAUACUAAAAUGGCGCAAACCUGGACGAAUGCAGUUUUGAGAAAAACCAUUUUAACCUAUCGAUGUCAACGAAUUCCAUUAUUUAUGUCUGGAUGCACCGGACUCUUAAUAAAUGAUUAUCGAAUACAGUAAACCAAAGUUCAGCAAACACUUCUGUAUUAACGCGCGAUUUUAGGAUACAGCGUUAGAUUGCAGUGCAAACAUAAAAGACAUGAGCUCCAAAACACUGACAGUGCCAUUUCGUUUACUGCGUUAUUGCUUACACAAACAUCGACGUGUUUUCCACGUGGAUCCAGUGCGGCUGUACUAUGAGACUGCGCACGCGGCUGCAGGAUCAGCUGUGAGAACCGUGGACCUCCGCAGCGAUACCAUCACCAAACCCGGAGCCGCCAUGCGCCGAGCCAUGGCUGAGGCAGAGGUUGGGGACGAUGUGUUUGGAGAAGACCCUACUGUUAAUGAACUACAAAAAAUAGCUGCUGAUAUGUUUGCUAUGGAGGCGGCGUUAUUUGUCCCUACAGGAACAAUGAGUAAUCUUAUUGCAGUUAUGGUGCACUGCAGAGAGCGGGGAGACGAAAUGAUAGUAGGUGAUCUCUCUCAUAUUCAUAUCUAUGAGCAGGGAGGAAGUGCACAGCUCGCAGGCGUCCAUUCGACAACAGUAACUACACUUGCUGAUGGCACCUUCGACCUAGACCAGCUGAUCUCCAAGAUCCGUCAUGGUUACCCUGACCCACACUACCCACGCUCUCGCCUGGUGUGUGUGGAAAACACGCACAAUAUUCAGGGAGGGCGAGUCCUCCCACUUUCCUUCCUGCAGGAGCUUCGCUCUGUGGCUGAUCAGUAUGGUCUGGCUGUGCAUAUGGAUGGAGCGAGGGUGAUGAAUGCAGCUGUAGCUCAGGGUGUCCAUCCCUCUGUUAUAAUGCAACACUGCCACUCCAUUAGUGUGUGUCUGUCCAAGGGACUGGGGGCUCCUGUGGGCACCAUGCUUGCUGGGUCAAAAGAUUUCAUACAGAGAGCAACACGUGCCCGCAAGGUGCUUGGGGGCGGAAUGCGGCAAGCGGGCAUCUUGGCAGCAGCUGGUAAGAUUGCCCUGUCAGACAUGAUUGGCAGACUGGAGGACGACCACAGGAAGGCCAAACACUUUGCUCAAGCACUGCUACAGAUUGACCCUACUCUGUAUCAUGUGGAUCUGGCCACUGUAGAAACCAACAUUCUGAGGUUCUGUCUGCUGGAACACCAGAUGAGCCCAACAGAGUUCUGUGAGCGGAUGGCAGGUGUAGAUGAGGAGGAGGUGAAGGCUCUGGGACAGGGGGUCCGGGUGCUGAUGUUCCCUCAUGUUGGGGGCACGGUCAGGGCUGUAUGGCAUUUGGGCAUCAGUGAGGAAUGCACACAGCUGGCUAUACAGAAGGCUCAGUUUGUAGCCCAACAGCACAGAUUCAAGUCCAUCAAGGCAACAUGAAAACAACAAUAUUUGACCACACUGGUUGCACACCAGUUUUGUGCUCAAGUACCACUUGAUGAGCCCAUGAAAUCAGAAUUGGAGUUUUGUGGCUUUCAGUCCAUGUUGAUUAGCUUUGAGGUUAUCUACUAUAAUAAUAGUGCAGUCUGAAUUUGACAAAAUUAUCUUUUAGCAGAUACACAUAUUAAAAUUUUACAGUCUUUCUCUUUUUAUAACAGGCCAAACAUAUUGAUGUCAUGGGCGUAUACAAAAUAUUGUCCUAUAUAAUGCUCUUUAGAAUUAAAAUAUUUCUUUGCCAUUGACUAGUCUAGUCUUUGACUAGCGAAGGCGAGUAACAAAGAGUUUACGGCCGUGAUGUAAAAUAAAGGCUACUGGCUAUUUCCAACAUUGUUUAAAUUGGAAAUACAUCAACACAGGAAAGAAACUGCAUUCUUCAAGCAAUUUCAUGGGGUCGUUAAAACUGGACUAAAACUGCAAAAAGAGGCAUACAUAUACAGUGUAUACCUUAGACUCCAACUGAACAGCCAAACCAAGAAUCGCCAAGAAAGUUACACUACACCCACUUGGUGUGUGUGUGUAUAUAUAUAUAUA